CAUAGAUCAAGUAUAUUAUGAAAGAAACCCGGGUCAAAUCUAUCACCAUGAUGGCAAUGGAGUGGGCCUGAUUGCGAGUAUAUCAAAAAAUUCGAAAAUGCGAUGCUUAGCGGAAUGUGCAAAUGAACCACAAUGUUUCAACGUUAACUUCAAAAAAGGUGUAUUGUGUGAGAUGUAUGGGUUGGCAGAUGCCGGGUGGUACGAACAUCAUGAUACAUUUGACUCUUAUUUUGCAAAAAGCAAGCCAAUAGUCUCAAAAACUACAAUACAGCUACCAACAACGACUACUACUACUACUACUACAACGCAGUCUCCAACUUCUGCCACAGUUCCAGAUUGUGGGUCACUGGGCUUAGUGGACCUGGGUGUAGCUGGCUCCUGCUACUAUAUUGAGGCAAUAGAUAGGAACGUUAUGGAUGGAUUGAAUAUAUGUCAGUCACAUUCCCCACCCAUGAGCUUAGUAUCCAUAGACGAUGCAGAUGAACAAAACAAGAUAAGAGCACACCUUGCCGGUCUCAACUCACCUUCUUGGUGGAACAUUGGUCUGAAUGAUUUUGCAGUGCAGGGUCAGUAUGUCUGGUUUGCUACUGGAGCAGCACCAUCUUGGACCAACUGGCAUUAUGGUCAACCAAAUGCGAUUUCAGACAAUUGUGUUAUUAUGAGCAACGAGAAUGGAGAGUGGUAUGACGUUGAUUGUAAUUUCUCUUAUGGGACACUCGGCCAAUUUACAAUUUGCGAAUAUAAAUAAUGAAUGAAUGAAAACAACAAAGAGAAAUCGAAUAAAUACUAUUAUAUUGCUGAAGUAACCUGAAAUGGAACUGACCAUACAGUGUAUAUGUAAAUAUGUUCUCCCCUUAGCUUUCAUAUAAAGACAUG